UGCAAUUUCCCCUCGUCUCUUCACAUUAGAACAUCUCAAUUCCUUCACACUUUCCUUCCAAUAACUCGCGGAAGAAAAAAAAUCAUCGACCGUAUUGUUUGUUUCACAAGCCAAUUUAUUGAAUUUUUGGUACGAUGAAAGAGAAAAGCAAAACAGUAAAACGUACUGUGGAGAAGAAGAGAAAAAGGAAGAAGGAAAAAAAUGCUGAUGUUGAGACAUAUAGUACAUUGAAUAUUGAAGUGGAUAGUAGAAUGCAAGUUGGAGAGAAGAAAAAGGAGAAAUCAGAAAUCAAUAAAAAAAGGAAGAAUAAAGAUAAAAAUCUAGUUGGAAGGCUAAGACCAAAGCAUGAAGCUGAUUUAGAAGAGAAAAUUGAAUGCGUAGCAACCGAUUGUUCUUUCGAAGCUCAAGCGAUCCAAGGCUGUAAGGAGCAUGUAGAUGCUGAUAUUGGAGCAGCAAUUAAACCCUGUAGGUCUAAGAAAAAUAAGAAAAAGAGGAAAAAGGAAGAGAGUCUUGAAAAGGAGGGGGUUCAAAAGUCACCAGAAAAGGGAAGGGGCCCUGAUCACGAUGAGAUUUAUGUUAUUUCUUCUGGAGAUGAGGACUGCUCAAAAGGAAUGAAAAAGUGGAUCAUGGAAUACCAUGAAAGUAGACAAGGAUUGAAUGUAUUGCAACAAAAAAUUGACGACUUUAUAACUGCUCAUGAGGAAAAAUUGGAAGAGGAAAGAAGAGAGAGAGAAGCCCGUGCUGCAGAAGGGGGUUGGACUGUUGUUGUGCACCAGAAGGGGAGGAAGAAAACUACCGACUCUGAAAGUGGAGUGGCUGUGGGCUCUGUUGCCCAAGCUGCUGUGGAGAACAAAUUGGCCAAAAAGAAGCAUAAAGAAGUGGGACUAGAUUUUUACCGCUUUCAAAAAAAAGAAGCCCAGAGAAAUGGUAAGACCACUAUUUACGCUAUGUUCAGCUAUUUUUUUAUCGUGAAAACUUUUAGUGUUGAAGCAAUUAGUCAAUAA